AUGACAGACGCUGCAGCAACUGCCACCGUUAUUGAAGAAGCUACAACUGCAAAUGAGGAAACCCUCGUAGAAGAAGAGGCUGGAUACAAGGUCUUUGUCGGUAAUUUGUCCUUUCAAACUAACGAAGAAGAACUCGCAGAUUUUUUUGGCCGCGCUGGAAAAGUGCUUAAAGCCAAUAUCAUUACUCGCGGCACUCGGUCCCUUGGCUAUGGGUUCGUUGCUCUCGAAACCGAAGAAGAAGCUAAGAAAGCCGUAGACGAUCUCAACAAACUGGAAUUAGGUGGCCGCCAAAUCAACGUAGAAGUUGCCAAACCGAAGACUGAAAGUACCUCUAAUCAUGAUGCCCAAGGUAAUAUCUCUGGCGUGCGUCGUGGACGUGGUAGGUUUGGGGGGUACCGUGGUAGAACUAGAGGUCGUGGUAGGGGUCGUGGAGGACGUAACAGAGGACGGGGUGGUUGGGGAAGUCGUCGCCGCUUCUCAAGUCGUAAUAGUCACAGCAACAAUGAAGACAGCGGAGAAGCCGCAGAAAACAACGACUCCACAGCCGUAACUGCCUCUGAUGCCCCAAAUGCUGAUGCAGCUGGAGCUGCUAAAACCGGCGAACCAUCUAAAACGGUUGUAUUUGUAGCGAAUCUCCCAUUCUCGGUCAAUGACGACGGACUUAAAGAAAUAUUCAAAGAUUACAAUGUUACCUCUGCUCAUGUUGUUCGUCGUCGUGGCGGCCGAUCAAAGGGAUUUGGAUUCGUGGAAUUGGUUGAUGAAGAAGAACAAAAGAAGGCCCUUGACGGGCUCAAAGGAGUUAAAUCCGAAGAGCGAGAAUUGGUCAUUAAAGUUGCAUUGAGCGACCAACACGUUCAACAAACUGGUGAUGAAGAGAAGACGCCUUCAGGCGUGACCGAAGAAUCCGCUACAACUGAGGAGAAUAAAGAACCAGUAACUACCGUUUAA